UGGAGGCUGGAACGGUUCCCCCUCUAGCGAUGCUAUUCAAAAGUCUUGCAGUUCUUAUGCGAUUACUGGGUCUGGCGAGACUUCCUUUCGAUAGUGGUGCCGUCGCGCAUGCGUCUCUCCAUUCGACCCUUCUUGGUUUGCUCAUGUUCUCUGAAGACACGAGUCGAUGUGGGCAUGCCACCGAAAACAUCGAAGCUAGUCACCAAACGCUGGCCCUUCAUUGCACGUUCACGUCUGCCACAGCAGUGUGCAUCGGUGCUACAUACAGGUCAUGGGAGUAUACCCUUCAACUACCUAGUACCUAGUGGUGCACACAACGCCAGUAUGAACACGGCUAUGACGUCAUCACCAACCCUGGCAUAUUCAACAGAUUCAGCGGGAAUGAACCCCGCGCACACGUUGCCUAUGAAGUUGCGUGCCAUCGCAGAGGCUGGAUUCCGCAGGUCGAGAUGGGCUUCCCCGACCUCGAAGCAUACGCCUCGCAGGUGUUUCCUGGUACAAGAAGCUCAAUGACAGUGGGAAGGUGAUCUAUAUGACCUUUUGAAGACGGCGAAGGAAGUAAGGGAGUUUGUCAGGAGUUGGGACUCAGGUGCUGGUAGUGCAUCCCUUCUCCGAGUUGA